AUGUCUUCAUCCGAUUCCUCCACUAAGAUGUCGUACCGUUUCUUGGGAAACUCCGGCCUGCUGGUUUCCAAGCUUAGCCUUGGAGCGUGGAUGCAGUACAAGGAGGAAAAUACCGUGGACGCGUGGUAUGAAAUGAUGAAGACGGCGUUCAAGCAUGGCGUUAACUUCUUCGACACGUCUGAGAUGUAUGCCAAUGGCCACGCUGAGAAGCUUCAAGGCGGUGCUGUCAAUAAGGGCAUCAUAGCUGUGCGUGCCAUGAACUAUGUCAUUGAGCAAGGGUGGGCGUGGGUUGUCUCCAAUGAAAACGUGUCGACUGCGUUGGUUGGCGCGAGCCGUCCAUCUCAGCUCGAGGAGAACCUGAAAGCUCUGGAGUUCGUUGACAAGAUUACGCCAGAAGUCAAGGCCCAGAUCGAUGACAUCGUCAACUUUGUGCCGACAGUGGCUACAAUGGAUACGUUUGCGUACGUGCGCGAACGCCACCUGUAG